AUCUGUUCUUCUUUUCAUGCCAUAAGUCUCUUACAUGGCACUCUCUCCUUCACCCUCUUCCACUAUAAAACCCCACCUCACAAUCUCCAUUCGCCACACCAUCUCAUCAUCUUCUUCAUCACCACCAUCAAUGGCCAUCAAAGCUUCUUUGCUUCUUGCUUUCUUCCUGCUCUUCGCCGGAACCCUAGCUCGGCACCAGCAACAGCAACAACAACAGCAGCAAAACCAGUGCCAGAUUAACAGAAUCAAUGCUCUCGAGCCUUACGAUAGUAUCCAAGCUGAAGCUGGUGUSACUGAGUUCUGGGAACCCAAUAACCAGCAGUUCCAGUGUGCCGGUUUCGAGUUUGUUCGACACCGGAUUCAACCUGGCGGUCUUUUCUUGCCGUCCUACGUCAACACCCCACUCUUGGCGUUCACCGAACAAGGUAGGGGUGUUCUAGGGGUUGUGUUGCCGGGAUGUCCGGAAACCUAUGAAUCUUCCUCCGGACAACAGUUUUCCGAUACCAGCGAACGUAGAGGAUCCAGGAUCCAAGAUCGUCAUCAAAAAGUGGAGAACUUGAACGAGGGUGAUGUUGCUGCCAUUCCCGCCGGAGCGGCUCACUGGAUUUACAACGACGGUAAUACUGAACUUGUUGUAGUCGUCUUCUUCGACACCCAGAACGCCGCUAACCAGCUUGAUCAAAACCAUAGGAGAUUCUACCUCGCCGGAAAUCCUCAAGCUCAAGCUCAGAGCCAACAACAACAACMKGGUCARRGGCAASSAGGCCGUCACCAGGAGCAGCCAUACCRCAAYGCCGGCAACAUCUUCGUGGGUUUCGACAUCGAGAUCUUAGCAGAAGCAUUCAAUGUGAACAGGGAGACUGCCGAGAAGCUUCAGGGAAAAAGAGACCAGAGGGGUCACAUCGUGAAAGUCGAACAAGGACUUCAGAUCAUCCGGCCACCACAAAGCCGACAAGAAGAAGMACAASAACAACRUGGACGCAGCAACGGUWUUGAAGAGACUGUUUGCAGUUUAAAGCUAAAGGAGAACAUCGACAACCCUUCCCAUGUGGAUUUCGCCAACCCACAAGCCGGCCGGAUUUCGAACCUCAACAACUACAAAUUCCCCAUCCUCCGCUGGCUCCAACUCAGUGCCGCCAGAGGAGAACUCUACGGGAAUGCAAUUGAGUCACCACGAUGGAUGUUAAACGCCCACAACCUCAUCUACGUAACUCACGGCAGCCUGAGGGUACAGAUCGUGAACAACGAGGGAGAAUCAGUGUUCAACGAUGAGGUCCGGAAGGGACAAGUGGUGGUGGUCCCACAGAACUUUGCGUCGAUCAAGAGGGCCGGCGGUGAAGGAGCAAGGUGGAUCUCAUUCAGGACUAAUGACAAYGCCAUAUCAGAAAACCUGGCCGGUCGUGUGUCGGCGAUCAGAAGCUUGCCGGUGGAUGUGGUUGCCAACGCGUAUCAGGUGUCUCGAGAAGAUGCUCAAAAGCUGAAGUACAACCAGCCGCAAAGCGCCUUGUUUUCGCCAAGCUCUUCAAAAGGGCAAGGGUGGUGGGCGUCGGCUUAAAGGAAGURMGUGCAUGCAUGGAGUGKGUGUAGGUUUUGAAGAAUAAGAUGUAAUAAUGUAACAUAAAGAGUUGUACAAUAUGCAAUGCAAGCAACAGUAAUAAGAGCUUUCAAUUUUA